CGCAGCAUCAGCACCACAGCUGUUGAGUCCCCCGCGAGUAAAGAUGUUGUUUGUCCCUGCUGUUACUGCCUCAGCAGUUUUGAAUUCUGUGGGACUCGUCGUGAAUCUGUUUAUUGCAGUGGUCAAUUACAAGACGUGGCUCCAAAGCCGCAGAAUGUCCUCCUCGGAUCGGAUUCUGUUCAGCCUGGGCGUCACCAGGUUCCUCAUGCUGGGACUGUUCCUGCUGUACAUCAUGUACCUCUUCAUCGCUCCGAACCCCGAAAGGUUGGUCCACGUAUCCAUCCUUUUCCUGUGGUGCUGGACGUUUCUGGACUCCAGCGGUCUCUGGUUUGUAACCUUGCUCAAUGUCUUGUACUGUGUGAAGAUCGCUAACUCGCAACACCCCGUGUUUCUCCUGCUGAAACGGCAUCUCCCCCCAAAGAUCCCCAGGCUGCUGCUGGCCUGCGUGCUGAUUUCUGCCUUCACCACAUUUCUGUAUGUUGUGCUACCCUCUCCCGAAUUCGUGACUGGGAGGAACGGCACACAGCCCACCGUCAGCGAGGACACCGUGUCCCUGGUGAUCUCCCUGUGCUCGAGGUCGUUUCUCCAGUUCGUCGUUAAUGUGACGUCCGCCUCCUUGCUAAUAAACUCCUUGAGGAGGCACAUGGGGAAGAUGCGGCGGAACGCCGGCAGCCUGUGGAAUCCGCAGACGGAGGCUCACGUGGGGGCCAUAAAGCUCAUGGCCUGCUUCCUCCUCCUGUACAUCCCCUACUCAGUGGCCGUGCUGCUCCAGCACCUCCCUUCUGUACGGAUGGACUUGAGGACCAGGUCCAUAUGUAUGAUGAUCUCCACGGUUUACCUCCCGGCGCACUCUGUUCUCAUUGUCCUCACACACCCCAAACUGAAAAGCAGAGCGAAGCGGCUUCUCCGUUUCCGCAACUAG